AUGGACAUCGUGGAGAGGGUCUUCGUCGUAGCCCAGGGCAUCUACACCCAGUUCGAACAAGUGAAGUGCUGCAAGCACCAGUGCCAGCGCCUGGUGGAGCGCAUCCACAUCUUGCUGGAGCCUGUCAGGGUCCUCAGGGCUCAGCCAGCAACACACAUCUCCCACCACGAAAAGGAACUGCUGAAGAGGCUGCUGCGGGUGCUGGGGGAGGCCCAGAAGCUGGUGAUGAAGUACAGCCAGGCGAGCUGGAUCCAGAAGUUCCUGCGAGCCCGCAGCAGCGGCGAAGAGUUUGUCUGGGUGAACGAGAGCCUGGAGGAUAUCGCCCAAGGGCUCUCGCUCCUGCUGCAGGCAGAGCAGAAACAGGCUUUCCUGGAGGCCUUCCAGGCAAAGACCUGCCGCUGGCAGGACGCCGAGGACCUGAGAAAUGACAGGGAUUUCUUGGACGAGGUGAUUGCAAGUACCGAAAACCCCACGGAUGUGGACAUCCAUCUCGAUAGGCAAUGUGUGGAGAGUAAGGUAGACUGGAUGCAAAGCGAGCUGAAUAAAGUCGUGCACAUGAUGGAGUGUUUGAAGAAAGUCGAUGUAGGUAAAAGAGAGGACAUCACUGAGAUUCAGCGGGAGCACCUCACCUUCCGCCGGCACCUGCAGGACACCAACAGCUACGACCUCUAUGAGGGAGAGUAUCUCAAGUACCCCGUCGCCAUCAAAACGUUCAAGAGGCCACUGACCACCGACCCUGCGAAGGUGAGGGACAUUUUUGAGAAGGAAAUUCAAACCCUGAAGAAGUUUGAGUCUCCAAACAUCCUGCGCAUGUAUGGCAUCUGCAUCGAGGAGCAAGAUCGGAGCCCUUGUUUCUCCAUUGUUAUGGAGUACUGCGAGCAUGGCACACUACGCGAGGUGCUCAGCAAGCAACAGCAGCUCUCCUGGGAGAGGCGCCUUCGGAUGGCCCUGGGAGCCGCAAGAGGGCUUUACCGGUUGCACCAAACAGAAAAGAAGUCCAGACUGCACGGAUGCAUUAACAGUAGCAAGUUCUUGGUGGCUGGAGAUUACUGUGUGAAGCUGUCAGGAUUUGAGCUGUGUGAAACAGAGUCGUCCAUCAAGAGGAAAGCCAAGAAGAACUGGAAACAAGUCUCUAUGUUGGCUUACGUUGCCCCUGAGAACCUGAAGGACGUCUACUACCCCUAUAAGAGGCCCUGUGAAAUAUACAGCUUUGGGAUCGUGCUGUGGGAGAUCGCCACCUCCAAAAUCCCAUUUGAAGGCUGCACUCCCCAAGAGAUCAGGGAGAAAAUCUGUGAACACCAUUAUCGGGAGCCUGUUGGGGAAGACUGUCCCAAAGACCUGGAGAAAAUCAUUGACCAGUGCCGGGCCUUUGACCCUUCCCAGCGCCCUUCUGCUGAGCAAAUCGUGGACUGGCUGGCUGACCUCAAGAGAAGCAGAAACCAAGGAAGCUAA